CAACGAUUGAAUCUAGCAGUAAACAAAAACACGCAGACAAUGUUUCGGAAUUUUUACGCAGAACAGAACAUGGCAGAUCCUAGAGACAGUUGGUAUAAACCGAACCUGCUUUACAAUAUUCAUUACAGACCACCGACAUCACAAACAACACCGAAGUUGGUAGUGGUUACAAGGAAGUUCAACCCUAGUGUAUGUACAUGCGGUGAACACGAUUGUGCCCCGCACUAUAGAAUGGAGAGGGAAGUUGUUUGGUCAAAUAAAAAAGUCAGAAAUGAGGCAGAUAGAGAGCUAAAGGAAAUGAUUCAAGCUAAGACGGAUGCCAAGCCACAAAGGGAAAGCUUCGUAGACGUAGAUGAUGACAAAAGUGAAACCGAGGAGGAAGAAGAUGAUGUUAAUGGUGAAGAUGGCGAAGAAUGGAAAGGCGAUGAAUACGCUGAAGUUAGCUUUGGAGAUAUUAAAGAAGCUAAUAUUCUUGUCAAUGUAGCAAAAUCCGAUGCAGACAGUUUGCCUAGAAGCGACGACCUUACAAAGCAAGACAAAAAAGAAGCAGGUGUGUUGCACGUAAUAAGUGAUACUUCCAUUAGACUGGAGGAGGAUUACGAAGACUUUGGUUCAUCUUUUGGCAUAAUGAGUGUUUACUGUGGCAGUGACCUGCAUACAUGGAACUGGAAGAAUGAUUCCAUUGUGACUCGUUGAAGCAAACAGUUUUGAAAUGCUACAGAAGAUAAUUUAUUAUAAUAUAAUUUUAUUAUUGAACAUUUUUCGUUAAAAUAAACAUUCUUAUUUUCUGAA